AUAAGGAAUUGUAUGCGUAAAUAUUCUUCAAAACUUAAAUAUUAGGGCUAGAAAUAUAAAGUUUGCAACUUAUAAAUACGCAUCAGUUCCUAUGACAGAAAUAUGGGGAAAUUAUCAAUUAAUUAAUGAAACGAAAAAAUUUGCGAUUGGGUGCGAAUACUGAUCAUAACUUCGAACUGUUUUGUUGUAAGUCCCUCUGAGGGAUAUGGUGUGAUUUCCAACUGGUAUGAGUAUGCUAAUCAGUGGAAAACUCAAGGAAAACAAGCUGGCAAGUUGCCAAGACGCAAGACUCGGAUGAGAAUUGAAGUGGAGGGAUUAAGAACAAGUCGAGCUGAAGAGUGGACGAGGAGGGGUCUCCUGUAUUUAGACCUGUUCUGCCGCUUGCCUCCAAUCACAGUCUGCAGCUACCAUGGAGAGUCAACAUCAUGACUGCCAGCCACUACGAAUGGAGGGCGGACAGUACAUCAAGGAGUUGACGGACUCCGCCAAGACCGCCUGCCUCUUCUUCACGCCCAAGGAGAACGACGAUGUUGGGACUCUGGUUGACUACCUCGAGCACUUCAAGCUGCACAAGGUGAACCUGAUACACAUCGAGUCCAGAUCUUCAGUCAGGUUUCCUGGUAGAUACGAGUUCAUGGUCGAGUGUGUUCCCGGCAGUGGGAACCUAGGGGCGGCCAUCGAGAGUCUGAAGCAAACAUCAGAAUAUUUCAGCAUCAUCUCCAGAAACCACAAGAAUAACAGGGGUUCUGUGCCCUGGUUUCCCAGGAGAAUACGAGAGCUGGACCAAUUCGCUAACCAAAUUCUUUCUUACGGAUCCGAGCUUGACGCUGAUCAUCCUGGCUUCACUGACCCAGAGUACAGGAAGAGAAGGAAGUACUUCGCUGACAUUGCUUUUAAUUAUAAAUACGGAGAGACCAUCCCGAGGGUAGAGUACUCUAAGGAGGAGAUAGCAACAUGGGGCAAGGUGUUCGAAAAACUGACCAAGCUCUAUCCUACUCAUGCUUGCAAAGAGUUCAAUCAUGUUUUUCCUCUUCUCAUCGAAAACUGUGGAUACAGGAAAGACAACAUUCCUCAACUCGAAGAUAUCUCCAACUUCCUAAAAGACUGCACUGGGUUUAGCCUCCGCCCUGUGGCUGGGCUCCUUUCCUCCCGUGACUUCCUGGCAGGAUUGGCCUUCAGGGUCUUCCACUCGACCCAGUAUAUUCGUCAUCCCAGCAUGCCGCUCUACACCCCAGAGCCAGACGUUUGCCAUGAACUUCUUGGACAUGUACCGCUUUUCGCAGACCCUUCUUUUGCCCAAUUUUCACAAGAAAUUGGCCUGGCAUCUCUAGGAGCUCCAGAUGAGUACAUCGAGAAAAUAGCGACGUGCUACUGGUUCACAGUGGAAUAUGGUCUCUGUAAUCAAAAUGGGAAUCUGAAGGCAUAUGGAGCAGGUCUGUUGUCAUCCUUUGGUGAGCUCGAAUAUUGCCUAAGUGACAAGCCAGAUCUAAAACCUUUUGAUCCACCUGUCACAGCUCUUCAAAAGUAUCCUAUUACUGAGUAUCAGCCAUUAUACUUUGUUUCUGAGAGUUUUGAUGAUGCCCAAGAUAAAAUAAUAAAAUAUGCCAAAACAGUACCUAGGAAUUUUGGAGUAAGAUACAAUCCCUAUACUCAAAGUGUAGAGGUAUUAGAUUCAAAACCACAAGUCCAAGAAUUGAUGCAACAAUCGAGUAAAGAAUUAUUAUUUUUGUCUGAUGUGCUGAAGAGGAUUCUAUAAUUCUGUACAAUUAUUUAUCAGCUACUAUUUAAAUUUUUUUUUUAAUUAAAGAAUAAGAUCAAGAUAUACAUUAUGUGAUAUAUAGUAGAUUUUUAAUGUAGUAAUUUUUAAUUUGAAUAAAUUUUUGUUGUCUAAAUAAAACUUUAAAAUAUUUUUCAAAACUAUAUCAA